UCUUCUUCUCUUCACACAUAUAUUAAAAAAAAAAAUGUUUUUUGAAGCAACUUAUGUACCCUCCCCACCUUUAUCCAUUGCCAGUAUAGAUGAUGACGCUGAGACACAUGUUGAAGUACCAGAGCCCGAUGUUGAACCUGCUUCAGAUAAACCAGUUGAUCACUUAAUCUUUGUUAUUCAUGUAAGUCAAAACAAACUGAACAAUAUGGUCAUUUUUACGAACACAUUGAGAACUUACAAGAAACGACCCGUCAAGUAUUACAAGCCAAGGUCCCUGAUCAUAAUGUGCGUAUUGAACUUAUACCCAUUGAAUGGCAUCGACAUAUUCAUGAACAAGUCGAUCCCAUCAUUAACAAAAUUACCUUAAAAUCGAUACCCACUGUCCGACUGAUUGAAAAUGAUUACCUUGCGGAUGUCCUGUUCUAUUUUUCCAAGGACAGAGGACAAAAUAUUGUGGAUAAUGUCACUGGUUUAUUUAACACUUCCUAUCACA